AUGGCGGAAAGUUUGGAACGUAUUGACGUGAAGCUGUCUCCUGCGCCGGACGCAAGGAUGCCGUUGAUGAAAUCAAAAGGAGGACGGCGGCAAGGGGACACGUGGGUGGUUUCAGUGUUCGUGAUAAUCCAUAUCGGAGUUUUCAUUGCAACCAUGCUCGUCAACGAUUGCUGGACCAAUUCUCACGGAGAUUGCCUUCUGCAAACCCUCGGAAGGUUCUCCUUCCAGCCUCUCCCCGAGAACCCACUCCUAGGUCCUUCUCAGUCCAAGUUAGAUGAAAUGGGAGCUCUUCGAUGGAUCCUUUUGACAGAGCAGCACCAAACUUGGCGUCUUUUCACAUUUCCAUUUUUGCAUGGUGGACUCUUUCACCUGCUACUCAAUCUCUCAAGUAUCGUCUACGUGGGAGUUCGCCUAGAGCGCGAAUUUGGACCCAUAAGGAUUGGUAUAAUCUAUGCAUUGUCAGCUUUUGUGGGAGGCUUGGUGGCUUCUCUUUUUCUCCGAAACACCCCUGCUGUUGGUGCUUCCGGUCCUUUAUAUGGAUUACUGGGAACAUUGCUUUCCGAACUUGUUUGGAACUGGAAAUUUCACACCAAUAAGGCCUGUCUUUUUCCCCUUGGUUAUCUAUUCUCACUGUUCUGCUACUAA